AUGACGGUGGAUACUUCGAAGGACGACAUACAAUUCGUCCUCGACGAGGUACGUAGCUCGGAGCCUCCUUCCUCGGGCUGAGCUCUGCCGUUGUUCCCCGCCCACUGCCAUUAGUCCUCGACUGCAUGGUGAGUUGAUUGUGGCCGCUGACGAGCUUGCCUCGUUCCUGGCGCAGGAGAACGCUUCCGUCGAUUCAUUACCGACGGAACAACUGCUGCACGGCUCGGACGACGCCGAUCACGAGCUUGGUUCGACCGAGGCAUCGCACUACGAUGAGAAGCUGCCCGAGCCGGUGACGUCGCGCGGGGCGAGUGGCAGGUCGCGGAUCAUCGUUCCGACACGUGCAGACAUUGCGGCCCGGGUCUUGAACCCACGUCCUGGCCAGGGAGCAUCGAGGUGGCUUAUCGUCGUUGCGGGACUACUCUCGUUGCUCUUGAUCGCGUGGACCACGACCGCGCUCCUCACGCUCGGCACUCGUUUCGGGCACUCGGGCCCCAAGAUGAACGUCAUCCUCAUGAUCUCCGACGGUAUGGGUCCAGCGUCGGCGUCGAUGGCUCGCACAUACCUGCAACAUCUAUCGAAUGCUAUCGUCACGUCGUCAUCGUCCAGUGCUGCGCCGUCGAACGCGCUCAACACCUCGAUCUGGGCCGCCCUCGCCGCCGGGUUCAAAACCCCACGAUACGGCAUGACGCCGCUCGACGAGAUCCUCGUUGGUUCCUCUCGCACGCGGUCAUCCUCAUCGCUCGUCACGGACUCGGCCGCUGGAGCGACCGCUUUUGCGUGCGCGAUCAAGACGUACAACGGAGCGAUUGGCGUCGAGCCGAGCCAACAGGAGCCGUGUGGCACCGUCCUCGAAGCAGCCAAGCGCCAGGGCUUCGCCACGGGCCUCGUCACGACCUCUCGCAUCACCCACGCGACCCCGGCUUCGUUUUACGCCCACGUCGUCGACCGGGAUCUCGAGAGCGAGAUCGCGUCCUUCUUGGUCGGCAAAGGCCCCCAGGGACAGGUCGUUGACAUCGCGCUUGGAGGAGGGAUGUGCUUCAUGAGGCCCAACUCGACCGGUGCAGCGUCCUGUCGGACCGAUGACCAGGACAUGCUGGCAGUGGCGCAGCAGAAUGGCUAUACGGUCUUGGACGGGAUCAAGGCGUUGCGGAAUUGGCAUGACGAGAGCAACCACGAUGGCAGCCCCGUGCUCGGCCUCUUUUCGCACGAUGUGAGUAGCCAUGUUUGGCCGGGGCGGCGACAGACAACAGCUGAUCAGGUGCGGGAUUUUGUUUGCAGCAUAUGGAGUACGAGAUCGAUCGGCAGCAGAUCGACGUACUCGCAGACGAACAGCCGAGCCUUAAAGAAAUGUAAGCGCGCCGCGAGUCCGCAUCCCGGUGACCUCGCGCUAACACUACUUAACGAGGCCUCUUUCGCCGCAGGACGACGCAUGCUUUGCGUUAUCUCGCGAACCAGGACACCAAAGGGUUCUUCCUGAUGAUCGAGGGUGCGCGCAUCGACAUGGCCGCCCACAACAAUGAUCCGGUCGGCCACGUCUCGGACAUGCUCGCUUACCUCGAGACGGUCCAAUUCGUGAAGGAGUGGGUCAAGCAAGCCAACGACGAUACUCCGACCUUGCUGAUCUCGAUCUCGGACCACGAGACGGGUGGGCUGGCUUUGGCGCGGCAGUUGGGCACGGCUUACCCCGAGGUACGAGCAGUGCUACGUGGCUCGAGACCGCACCCAACCCCGAGUCUCCAUUGCUAACGGGACUCGUUUGGCCCCUCGCACAGUACGCUUGGUACCCCGAUGCUCUCACGAACGCGACCCACUCGUCGUCCUACCUGGGAUCCCUCCUGGCCAAGACGGCGUCUCCGACCCGACAGUUCGUGCGCGAAUUGUUGGAGCAAGUCGGCGUCUCGGAUGCGACCGAAGACGAAGUUGCGGCCGUGUACGCCGUUCGAACCGAUGCGUAUCGGGCGAAUCGACUCCUGGCCGAUGCGAUCAGUCGCAGGGCCCAGGUCGGCUGGAGUACGGCGGGCCAUUCGGGCGUCGACGUGAAUCUGUACGCGUACGGUCACAACGCCAGUGGAAUCGCCGGUAACCACGAGAACACCCACAUUGGGGACCAUAUCGCCCAUGUGAUGGGCUUGAACCUCGAAGUUGUGACGCUCGAGCUCCGGAGGUGAGUGGACCCGAUCGGGUGUGGGCCAUGCUUGCGCCAUAAUCUACAGCUGACUCGCUCCUUCUCCGACCCAUCUCAAAAGGAACGCCGACCGCUGGCACUCGACCUCGCUCGGCCAGUCUCCAACUCGCCGGACCGAAGUUGGUCACUACCACGGCGAUUUCUGA